AGCUAACACGCAGACAAGGUUUCAGUUAUCGUUCAAACUGUGUAACCUUUGUAAAUGAACAAAAUCUAGGUUGCACUUGAGCGGUUGACUUUUGGAACAGAGACGUAUUCAGCUUCGCUUCUGUAGAAGCGUUUCUGAUACUCAAUCUGAUCCUACCCACUCUUGGCAACAUCAAUAUCUUCUGAUUAAACCACAGAUAAACAAAAUCAUAGCUCAGAUUUAGAGAUUUGAAGGGAGCCAAAGCAAAGGGACUGAGGAGACAAAAAUUUCUGCUAAAGAACUCAACAGAUGUACACAGUAAUCCUGUAAUGGAAUCUUGACAAGACCCAUGUCAAUAUUUCUCUGAAACAGGUAACUGAUUUUGAAUUAAUUCAUGGAGAACUUGUACUUUGUUUGAAAUUUCAUAGAGAAAUAGAUAAAAGAUUGAAUUUUUUUAAUUGGGUGUUGAUGGGUGAAGAAGAUGAAAUGAAGGGUAAUGUUGAGAGUAACACUGUUAAAGCAAAUCCUAAAUUAACAGUCUUGCCUUUAAUUGCUCUAAUUUUUUAUGAGGUUUCUGGAGGACCUUUUGGGGUGGAAGAUUCAGUUAGGGCAGGAGGAGGUCCACUUCUAGCUUUACUUGGUUUCUUAAUUUUCCCUUUGAUUUGGAGUAUACCUGAAGCUCUAGUUACAGCUGAACUUGCAACCAGUUUUCCUCAUAAUGGUGGUUAUGUUGUUUGGAUAUCAGCAGCUUUUGGACCCUUUUGGGGAUUCCAGGAAGGGUUCUGGAAAUGGUUCAGUGGAGUUAUGGAUAAUGCUCUGUACCCAGUUUUGUUUCUUGAUUACUUAAAGCAUUCAUUACCAAUCUUUAAUAAUAUGAUUGCAAGAAUUCCAGCUUUGUUAGGGAUUACAUUUUCCUUGACAUAUUUGAAUUAUAGAGGACUUCAUAUAGUUGGGUUUUCGGCUGUUGCUCUUGCUAUGUUUUCGCUUAGUCCAUUUGUUGUGAUGGCUCUUCUUUCGAUUCCUCGUAUUAGACCUAGGCAAUGGUUAGUUGUGGAUUUUAAGAAGGUAAACUGGAGGGGAUACUUUAAUAGUAUGUUUUGGAAUUUGAAUUACUGGGAUAAGGCGAGUACGUUAGCGGGCGAGGUGGAAAAUCCUAGCAAAACAUUCCCCAAGGCGCUUUUUGGUGCUGUAGUAUUGGUUAUGUGUUCAUACUUGAUUCCUCUUCUUGCGGGUACUGGAGCAUUAGAGUCUAAGCCAAGUGAAUGGAGUGAUGGGUACUUCGCAGAAGUUGGAAUGUUGAUAGGAGGGGUUUGGCUUAAAUGGUGGAUUCAGGCAGCUGCAGCUAUGUCUAAUAUGGGAUUAUUUGAAGCAGAAAUGAGUAGUGACGCAUUUCAACUACUUGGGAUGAGCGAGCUGGGAAUGCUUCCGGCUAUUUUUGCUUCAAGAUCGAAAUACGGGACCCCGACUUUCAGCAUCUUGUGUUCUGCAACCGGGGUUGUGUUCUUAUCAUGGAUGAGCUUUCAAGAGAUAAUUGAAUUAUUAAAUUUUCUCUAUUCAUUCGGAAUGCUGCUUGAGUUUGCGGCUUUUGUAGCAUUGAGAAUAAAGAAACCUGACCUUCACCGACCUUACAAAGUUCCUUUACAAACAUUUGGAGUGACAAUUCUAUGUAUUCCUCCCGCUUUCCUUCUUGUACUUGUUAUGUGUCUUGCUUCACUCAAGACAGUUUUAGUUAGUGGGAGUGUCAUUAUACUAGGAGUGAUUCUGUAUAUUACUGUAGUGCAAGCAAAAGAAAGGAACUGGAUCAAAUUUGAAUCAGUACCAGGGGAUCCUUGUGUAAAUUCAAAAGAAUCCCUUCCAGUAGUGUCUUAUCGACAACAUCUGGAAGUGAAAGAUGAGGCUUCAGCAAGCCUACUGAGUGAAUUCACCUCCUUAAACAGUGGACAACAAUCAUCUGAAAAUGAAUUGGAAGCGGAAACAAAAUUGGAUUAGUAAGGAGUCUAUAACACUGGGCUCUGGAAUUACUUGUGUAAUAAGGAUGCUUAAUUUACGUUGGUUUGUAUGUUUUGUUAAAGAAUUCUUACAUAUAUCACUGUUGUAACAUUACUUUUUCAAUGUCAGUUUACUGUUCCAUUUAUAGUAUCAGUCAUCUUUCAAA